CUAUCAUAAGCAUUGUAUACUACACCCUGAAAACAUACUUUUCUUAUGUUUCUUUACAAUGCGCAUAACCCACUUUCCAGGUGACAAAACUGGUUCAUAAACUCGACCCACUGUUCAUAUAAAGCUUCAUUUGUGAUUCGAUUUCACUCUAUAUGAUUCGAUUUCACUCUAUAUGAUUCGAUUUCACUCUAUAGGGAAACAAACAUCUCAUUUAUGGAAGAAAAAAAACAAAAAAAACACUAAUCUUCAUUCUUAUGGGAAUUUUUUUCAUGAUAUCCAAAGCAUCAGUCGAAACAUGGAAAUUAUUUAUUGAAUUUAAAAAUUGAUCUCAAAAAAAUACUAAAUUACGAUUUGAAUGCUUUUGUUUGUUUUGGAGGAUAAAGAAUCAAAUAUGUUGCCCUUAACGAAAACUUGCAUUAUGUUUUGUGCCAUGAUUUCGUCGCUGCAGUCAUUUAGAACAGGCAUGGCAAACGCAUCAGAAAAUUCUAAUCAAUCCUAUUUCGAGAAAAGAAAAACUGCACUGAAAAACAUGAAAGUUACUUUCAUAAAAAGACCGAAAAAUUCAAAGAUUCCCAAAGACUAUUAUGAAAAUCCACAACCAUACGAACAUAACUUUAAAAAAAUUAUUAACGAACCAGAUAUUUGUUCUAAAGAAGAAAAAAUACUUCUCCUAUAUGCUGUUCGAUCUGUCUACUACAAUUUUGCUCGACGUCAAAUACAUAGGGACAAUAUUCGCUAUAUUCCAAAUGACAUACGCUCCACACAUACAAUUGUUAAACAGGUUUUCCUAAUGGGUACAACAAACAAUUCUACAAUACAAUCCCUUGUUCAGAAGGAAAGUGAAAAAUACCGGGACAUCAUCCAAGAAGAUUUUUUAGAGUCGUAUGCAAAUCUUUCACUAAAAGGAAUAAUGGCGUGGAAAUGGAGCGUGGAAUUCUGUAGCAACGCCGAAUAUGUCAUUGUUAUGAAUGAUGAGCUUUUCGUAGAUCAAUACAAAUUGAUGCAUUAUCUCCAUUAUCAUAUGACUCUUGAUGGACAUGACAACCGUUUUACAAUAUGUUUUCGUAAAAGUGGUGCAACAAACAGACGCUUAUUCUUACGUAGAAACAUAAACAUGUCAAUGUUUUAUAAAGGUAAUCAUUAUCCGUAUUUUUGUGACGGAGUUGGUUACGUGGCACAUAUUAAUUUCAUUAAUAAACUGUACAUUGCCUCUUUAAGCAAUCAUGUUUUUAUGCCCGAUGGUGUUUGGAACGGACUACUUGCAGAAAAACUAAAUACAUCAUUACAAACAGAAAGUUAUUUGUAUGCAUAUUACAAUGUAAUAGAACGAUUUUCUCACCCAUUAUAUCAAUUUUCUCUACUUAUGUUUGGUGUUACAGAUCAUAAACUAACUAACUAUUAUGCACUGCAAAUCUUAAAAAAUAUAUCUCAUACUGUGAAAAUUCGAAGAACACAAUACCGUUAUAAAAUGUCUGAAACUUUCUUGAUGGAAGAUGUUCCAAUUAAAAUAAAUUACCCGAGUUAUAUUAGAAAAAGGGAUACAGAAAAUUUGGAAUUAUGCAAAAAUAACUUGAACAGUCUGUUUAAAAAUACAUAUGAAUAUGGAAUUUGGAAAAGCUUGAUUUUCUUUUGUGUUUUUUUCAUUUUAUUCACAAGAUAUAAAACCUAGAGCGCAGCUUUUAUUUAAAAAUACAAUAAUAUGUGUUGUUGUUGGUAUGUAUUUAAUUAUAUAUGUGGUCUUCUUCGCUAUAUGACUCAAGACCACCGAUACACUGGAGUACGUUACUGGUCAUCAAAGCAUAAUUGUCGAGAUUUAAAAGUCCACCUACAACGCACAGCAAGUUCGUAUGGCUUUACCAUGUUCUUGAUAGGAAUUCACAAAAAAAUAAUAAUGGUCUUCAGGAAAUUGUCAAGAAAAAUCUACUUAUAACGAGAAAAAUUGAUUCCCACGGUAUUUUGAGAAGAUUCGAAAGUUCUGAAUUCGAGACUUUAUAAAUUCAGUCAGUUUGAGUGUGAUUAUACUGGUAGAUGCAAAUCAAUUAAACAAAUUCUAUGACAUUAUAUAAUCAAAUAAAAUGUGGAAAAGAAA